AUGCCCAGCGCGCAGAUGCAUCCUCUGCACACCGGAUGGACCGAAAAGCCCUUGCCUCAGCCGCCUUCGCCAACGCUGACCAACCCGGACCAUAUCCUCCCCAGCAGCGGCUUUCCGCUGGUCUCGUCGCCGCCCCGCCUGACGCGACGUCCUCCGAGCCCGAGCUACCUGCGCGACACAGACGGUGACCCGGCGACCGCGAAGGCGCCCGCCAUGGCCAAGGGCAAGAAGGAGAAGCUGGGCCUGAUGUCGCGAAAAAUGAUGCUUCUUCGGAGCUGCACAGCCAGCGGGGGCCAUGUCAAUGGCAAUGGCAAUGGCAAUGGCACACCGCGCUCGCAGCGCUCACUCGACUUCGACUUCAUCCCCUCGUCGCCCGUGCUGCAAGAUGUGGGCAACCUGGCGCCGGAACAGCCCGAAUAUCUCCAGCCUCCAGAGCUCGAUCGCAGGAGCUCCAGUCCAGGGAGCUCUUCCAGCGGUGUGUCAGGUCUGACCGGCUUCCUGGCCAGAUAUGCCAAACCAGAUGGCACAAGUGAUGAUGAGGUGCUGUAUGAGGGCGAAGGAAGCCCAGCCGUAGUGCGGUGUGAUAGCAGUGUCGACCACGACACGGACCGGGACACCGAGCGCAGGAGGCAACAGCUGGAGGAGUACAAUUCUGCCAUACUCAGUAAACGAGCCGAACAAAUCUUGGCUAAUGCGAAAAAGCGUCUCAAUGUUAUGGAGGGUAAUCUGCGUGGAGCUCGAGAUUUGGUUGCUCCCUUGACGGCGGCCAAUCUCAAGCGCGCAACAUCUCUGGGAUCGGCGCACUACGUACCUGUGUAUGGUCAACGAUAUGCCUCUAAUGGCCAUGAAGACGGUGGACAGGCUCUUCCGUCGCCCCGACGCCUCCAUCUACAGACAAGUUCCCCAAUGAUCGGCCGUGACUACCAAAGUCAUACUCGGGGUUUCAGUGAGACAGAGUUGCCAGAGAGACCUUAUACUUCACUUGACGGUCCCCAAUACAUAGGCCCACGUGUCGUUCGCAUGCCUCCACACGGUCAAACUGCGACGCCCUUGCGUGGCAGUCGAAGCUAUGAUUCGCUCGGUGGCAGCAGCGGGAUAGGUUUUGGUACUGGACGGGAUCGUCCCUUGCAUCAUGCCAUAGAGUCGCCCGACUCCAAUCAUUUAGAGCCCUUACCAGAGGCCGACGAGGGUAGAAGGUCUAAUCGCAACAGCAGGAAUGAUGCCGAAGCGACUGCGAACAAUGGCCUCGGUUUAUACCGCCCUUCGUCGAGAACGUCCGACCUGCGUGAGCAGAUGAGCUCUCUGAAGGGCAAGAUCUCAACACUCAAAGAACGCGCACGCGAAGACAGUCUACGCCGACAGACCCAGGCGCAUUUGCGCGAUUCUUCUCCCCUGAACAAUGCCAGCGCCGCGGCGCCCGAGUUUUUCUACUCUCCUUCCAAUAGCUACGGCAGCCCUACACUCGACGACAACGCAGGUCUUGGGUGGACCUCGAAUAGCAAUAGCCCAGCGUCGCCGCAAGGGCCGCACAUGUGGGAGGACGGCAUGCCUGUUGCUGGGAGUCGCAACGCUUUUGCGGAACACGCCACCUCACAGCAGCAGCACGGAACUCAGCAAGCGCGCGUAGUAAAGAUCGUGGCCGCCAAGACCCCAGAUAGCAAGUUCCAAGUGAAGGUGGCAAAGGCCAGUCAGUCACAGCCACAGAGUGUCCACAGGAGGACGCCCAGUGGUACGGCGAUCGUCGACUCAGCUAAGAAUCGGUACUCGCACCACCAGCAGAAGAACAGUGAGGAUUUGCCAGCAAGUCACGAGAGUGAAGAUGAAGACUACCUAGGGAUACCUUCCCCAGACUCAAUUAUUGAGCAGUACGACUCAUUUCGGAAUGAGUCCAUGGCUGAUACAGACAUCGACGAUGACGAUGCGCCUUCCGAAGACGAAGGAAGCGUAUAUGAGGAUGCGCAGUAUGAGCAGAAGCCGGUGGUCGCGCACGAAGAUCGAGAAGACGCUUUCGACUACGAGCACUUUUUCCUGCAUAGUGCGUUGGGCACGUACAGCAAUGGCAGGCGAGGCUCCGCAUCCAGUGAAGCUUCAAUGUCCUCUGUCGAGACAGCUAGAGGCCUCACGCUUGUAAGCGGAGACAGUGAAGAUCUAUUCCACCACGAAUCGGCAUUGUAUCCCCCUCCAACCCCGAAGACUCCCGAAAGGCUCAAAGAGAUAGAGCGCAACUUACACAGGCGCACUGUGUCCGACGAAAGUGUCAGCACGCUUGCUACAUAUGCUACUGCAGAUGAGGAUCCCGCCGACGAAGACCCGGUGUCGCCGAUAGACGAGCGUCACCACCAGCUGGGCAGUCUCGAUCACCGGCCAAUCUCCCCGAUGGAGAGUGAUACUAGCUCUCGAUCUCGAAGCUCUGCACGGACAUCAAUCCCGGCCAAGGGUCAUUCCUCUGCUCGGCCUUCCUCUCGACCAGGCACUGCUGUUAGACGGGCAAUUCGUAGUGACAGUGGUUCCGAACGGGCAGACUCUGGAGUGGGCAUCUUGCAUCACCCAGCUGGUAGUCUUGACGGCCAACGGCCUCUUCCGAGAUCAGCCACACCAAAGCUCAGUAAUUCGCGGCCCCCUAUCAGCGCCAUUAGCUCGCCAUCGUCACCUCACGGGGCUGCUCGCCAGGACCCUGUCUCGGUAGCUGUCAACGCUCUUCUCGAUGCCGAGGGCAACCCCUUGGGACUAAGGAACAAAGCAGUAGUCUUUGGCGUGGUUGAGAGCUUACGCAGAACGAUCCACAUGCUUCAGCAGGAGGACGAGGCUGGCCAUGAGAAUCGCAUUCUUAGGAGAAGACUGGACGAGGCUAAGGCUGCCCUUGAUGGACGGGGUUCUCGUUGA